AGUACGAAUCAGACAAAAUUUUAGCUAAAAAUGAAUACAGUGCUGAGUUAAGCACUUGGAUUAUUGAACCUAAAAAAGAUGAUUAUGGAUGGAAUAUGCAGUUAAAAGCCAAAAUUAAGUCUGAUAAAGGUGAUAAUAUAAAAUAUAUAAGUGAUAUUUACUUAUAUCAUGGAAUUUAUGAAGGAACAGUGCUCGAAAAUG